CCUCGGAAUAGCCAUCUGGAGCGAGUACCGAGUAGCAAUGAUGAACAGAAUCCUAGCAUACCCCGCAGGGUUGUGCGAUUAUCGUCUUUGAAUCAACGCGGGAUAAACCGAGCAAGGAUUCUAAGACCGCUAUGUCCGCGUAGGUCGUCUACCCAACCAGAGCCAUAUAAAGGGGUGAUAGAUUCAUGCUUGGAUAACCCUUCUCCUUAACUGCACAGCUCCAAUAGUUCAUCUAGAUCUUCACAUACCUAGUACCUAUCCGCUACAACUUCUCACAAUGUCUUUGAAAGAGUGCUGCAUCAAGGGAUUCAAGUGGAGCGGUACGCCUACUGGCAGAGUCUCAAAACUCAAUGACAACGAUGUCUACAUCGCAGGCGACAACCCUGAUGUCGCCAUCAUGAUCGUCCACGACGUGCUAGGAUGGACCUUCCCCAACGGCCGUCUUCUCGCCGACCACUUCGCCAAGGAAGUCAACGCAACAGUAUAUCUGCCCGACUUCUUUGCAGGCGAGAUCGUCGAACCAGCGCCCAUCUUGGCCGGGGACUUUUCCAAGUUCGACUUGGUAGGCUUCGCCAAGCGCCACGCACGCGAGAUUCGCGAGCCCGAGAUCUUCGCGGCCGCGAAGACGCUGAAGGCCAAGUACAAGAAAGUCGGCGCCAUUGGCUACUGUUACGGCGGGUGGGCCGUCUUCCGGCUCGGCGCGAAGGAGCACAAUCCCCCUCUAAUCGACGUUAUCUCCACCGGCCACCCAUCUAUGCUGACUAAGAAGGAUAUCGAAGAGAUUGGUGUCCCGACACAAAUUCUUGCGCCUGAGCACGACCCCAUGUACACCCAGGAGCUGAAGACGUACACGUUCGAGACGUUCUCGAAGCUGAAUAUUGACUGGGAUUACCACCACUUCGCCGGCGUGGAGCAUGGAGGUUUGGUCCGCGCUGAUGAGAAUAAGCCUGGUGAGCGAGUGGCUAUGGUUAGAGCUAAGGACUCUGCUGUUAGUUGGUUUAACCAGUUCUUGCAUGAGUAGUAAAUAUCUUUGAUAUCUGUCUGUCUGGAUUGAUGCGGAUAGGUCUGGAAUUAGGUGUUAUGGAAUGUGGAUUAUAAAAAAAAACUAUUCGCGUUUUCGCGAAGCCAAUCAACUUAUGAUAUCGAUUACGAAGCAAAAUUGAACAAACCUUCCUUGUCGAAUGAGACUGCUGAAUAUCCUCAUUGCUAAUAUUGUGACUUCAAUUUGUCGCGGAACUAUUUGAGGAACUUCAA